AUGCUAACCAAAUUGAUUCAGAACGUGAAAUCAGUAUUGGAACUCGAUGUAUCGCAAACCUAUGGAUGGCUGGAAAGUAAAACCGUACUUUGCUGGCUUGAAAACAAUGGUGAAUGGAAGCAGUUCGUUCGUAAACGAGUCGAUCAGAUUCUGGCUGCAGAGGUGAAAUGGAUGUACUGCCCUACUGAGUUCAACCCAGCAGACCUUGGAACGAGAGGAACGACUGCAGCUAAACUACAGCAUUGUGACAAAUGGUGGGAAGGACCGACAUGGCUCACGAAAAGAGAAAACUGGCAAACCCAACCUCAAGCAAUAGCGAGUGAAGAAGCCAAAGCGGAGAUGAGACAAGCUACAGCAGUUAUAGCAACAACCGAAGUGACCCUGGGAAUAAGCAGCUUCAUAGAUCCAAGAAAGUACAGCAGUGGGAAGAAACUUUUCAGAAUAACAGCCUGGAUCUGGCGUUUUGUAAACAAACUGAAAGGAAGAUCACUAGAAACAGCGGAAGCUCUGACUAUCAGAGAAAUCAAAGCAGCAGAAGAUGCUUGGAUCAAGGAUAUUCAGAAUCAGCACAAGCCAACAAGCGAACAAGUAAACCAGCUUGGCCUCAGAGUUGAUGGAAACGGUAUACUAAGAUGCUUUGGACGAUUCCAACAGCACGAAGAUCAGCAACCGAUCUAUCUGCCGAAACAGCACCACCUCACCAGCCUUUUGAUUAUGGAUUCUCACAGACGAGUGUUGCAUAUGGGGGUGGCAUCUACACUGGCAGAGAUUAGGAGCAGAUUUUGGGUGCCUAAAGGACGGCAAGAAGUAAAAAAGAUGAUCAGAUCAUGCAACCAUUGCAAACGCUACAGUGCAAAGCCUUAUGAACAGCCGGCAACAGCCCCAAUUCCUGACUUCAGAGUGACACCUGGCUACGCAUUCCUAACUACAGGCGUUGAUUUCGCUGGACCUUUCUACUGCAAAGACGGAAGGAGACAGAAGAAAAGCUACAUUACUCUCUUCACCUGUGCUACAUCAGGAGCCGUAUACAUCGAACUUGUAGAGGAUCUAACAGCUAAAACAUUCAGGAAAAGCCUAAAGUCACUGAUGACUCGGAGGGGAACACCGCAGCUAAUAGUAUCGGACAACGCCAAAACGUUCUAA